AUGGAUGACGAUAAGAAUGACUACAAUCCGGAAGAAGAAGUUGUCACAGGAAAUUGGAAUACACCAAAGGUUGAAUUAAAAGAAGUGGAAAUAAAAACAGGAGAAGAAGACGAAAGUUUAUUUUGGUCAGGACGAUCAAAAUUGUAUAGAUGGGUUGAGGGUGAAUGGAAAGAAAGAGGAUUAGGUGAAUCAAAAUUAUUAUUACAUAAGAAAAAAGGAAUAAUAAGAUUUCUUUUAAGGCAAGAGAAAACUUUGAAAGUUGUAGCUAACCAUUAUAUAUAUCCCAAUGAAUCAUAUUGUAAGCUUGUUCCAAAUGCUGGAAGUGAAAAAAUAUAUGCCUGGACAGUUAAAGAUUUUGCAGAGGAACCAAAAAUUGAACAGUUUGCUUUAAAAUUUAAUACUGCCGAUGCAGCAAAAUUAUUUAAACAAAAGUUUGAUGAGGCAGGACAAGUUAAUCUUAAACUUUUAGAUAGUCAAGGAAAUUUGAAAGAAAAGGUUGAAGACAAAAAAGAAAAGGAAAAGGAAAAGAAAGAAGAUAACCAUGAUAAUGAUAAAAAAACAAAAGAAGAUGAAGAAGAAAAGAAGGAAAAAGUCGAAAAGGAUGAGAAAAAUAAAGAAGACGAAAAGGAUAAAGUAAAACAAGAUGUUAAGGAAGAUGAAGAAGAAAAGAAGGAUAAGGUUGAAAAGGAUGAGGAAAAAAAAAAAGAUGACAAAGAAAAAGAAGAAAAAGUCAAAGAAGAUGAUAAAAAUAAGGAAGAGAAAGAUAAGGAUGAUAAAACCAAAGAUGAUGAUACUUCUAAGGAUAAAAAGGAAAAGGAUGUUGAAAAAAAAGAGGAUGUUAAAGAAGAAGAAAAGGAGAAAGAAAAGGAUGAUAAAAAAAGUGACGAUAAAAAAAGUGAUGAUAAAAAAAGUGAUGAAGAAGAAAAUAUUAAAAGAGAAGAUUAA